UUGGAAAUGAUUUUUGAUGACCUUAAGAGUACGGCUAUGAAAGACCAACCCGACCAGAAGCCAAAUGGAGAGAAAGCUAAAGGUCUUUAUUUUCUUUCUUCUCGGUGGUGGUGUCCUGCCGCUGUGCUUCUAGGGGUCCUUUGCUUGGGAUUACUGGUGACUCUUAUCAUGCUGAUAAUGCAAGUAUCACAGGUGUCUGGUCUCCUAAAGCAACAUCAAGCAAACCUUACCCACCAGGAAAUUAUACUGGAGGGACAGAUUUUAGCACAGCAGCAGGCAGAAAAAGCUUCCCAGGAGUCAGAAAAGGAACUCAAGGAGAUGAUAAAAAACCUUACCCAGAAGCUGGAUGAAAAAUCGAAGAAACAGAUGGAACUUCAUCACCAGAACCUGAAUCUCCAAGAAGCUCUGAGGAAAGCAGCAAACUUUUCAGCUCCUUGUCCCCAAGACUGGCUCUGGCAUGAAGCAAACUGUUACCUAUACUCCUCUGGCCCAUUUAAUUGGGAAAAAAGCCAGAACCAUUGCUUGUCUUUGGAUGCCCACAUGCUGAAAAUUAACAGCACAGAUGAUCUGGAAUUCAUCCAGCGAGCAAGCGCCCAUUCCAGUUUCCCGUUCUGGAUAGGGUUGUCUCUGAGGAAGCCGAGCAGCUCAUGGCUCUGGGAGGAUGGCUCUCCUUUGAUGCCCCACUUGUUUCGAUUCCAGGGAUCUCUUUCCCAGAGGUAUCCUUCAGGCACUUGUGCCUAUGUACAAAGGGGAGCUGUUUUUGCUGACAACUGCAUUUUAACUGCAUUUACUAUAUGUCAGAAGAAGGCGAAUCUAGUGAGAGCACGGUGA